AUGGCUUCUCGAUUCCAAGGUGUCGAACAAGGCCCCCCGAUAGAGGUGUUUUUGUUAAACAGACUUUUUACUGAGGAUACUUUUCAAAAUAAAGUUAAUUUAGGAGUUGGAGCAUACAGAGAUGAAAAUGGCAAACCAUGGGUACUGCCCAUCGUUCGUAAGAUGGAAAAACAGCUGGCAGCAGAUGAAACCUUACUGCAUGAAUACCUUCCCGUGUUAGGUCUGGAGCAGUUUUGUAAUGCGUCUGUGGCUAUGCUCCUUGGUGAGGAUAGUCCUGCCAUCGCCGCUGGAAAAGCUUUCGGUGUGCAAGUCUUGUCCGGGACUGGUGGUCUGCGCGUCGGCGCCGAGUUCCUCAACAAGCAUCUUAAAUAUGAUACAUUCUACUACUCCACACCUACAUGGGAGAAUCAUCACCUAGUAUUCGUGAACUCUGGUUUCACGAAGCCCCGUUCGUACCGCUACUGGGACCCGAAGACCAGGGGCAUAGACUUCGACGGUUUCAUCGAAGACCUCAAGAGCGCUCCGGAGAAUGCCGUCAUACUGCUGCACGCAUGCGCCCACAAUCCCACAGGCAUAGACCCCACCAGGGAACAGUGGGUGAAAAUAGCUGAUGUCAUGGAGGAGCGCAAGUUGUUCCCGUUCUUCGACAGCGCGUACCAAGGGUUCGCGUCGGGCGACCUGGACGGAGACGCGUGGGCGGUGCGGUACUUCGUCAGUCGAGGCUUCGAACUCCUCUGCGCCCAGUCCUAUGCCAAGAAUUUCGGACUUUACAAUGAACGCGUUGGCAACCUAGCGGUGGUAUUGAACGAGUCUGCGCACGUUGCUCGUAUAAAGUCCCAGAUGACGUGGAUCGUGCGAGGGAUGUACUCCAACCCGCCAGCGCACGGGGCUCACGUCGUGGCCACCGUGCUCACUAACAAGCAGCUCUUCGAUGAGUGGAGGGACCACAUCAAACUCAUGUCUACGAGGGUCAUGCAGAUGAGAGAAGCUCUGAGGUCUGAGCUCGUGAAACUGGGAACUCCCGGCAACUGGGACCACAUAGUGAAGCAGAUUGGGCUGUUCUCGUACACGGGUCUCAACCAGCGCCAGUGCGAGUACUUGAUACAGGAGUACCACAUCUAUCUGCUGAAGUCCGGUCGCAUCAACAUCUGCGGGCUGAACCCUGGGAACGUGCAGUACGUGGCUAAAGCCAUCAACGACGCGGUCACCAAGUUCCCUGACGAUCACGACAAUCGAGCGAAGUUAUGAUAACUUGAUCGGCAGCGGUGUGUCCGGUAUGUGAUGGUAUUAAUGGUGAUGGGAAACAUUAAAAUUGUUCGUUUUGUAAAUACACUUUGUUACAAUACACCAAUAAUAUCACCA